AUGACAACAUAUAAUGGUCAACGCCCAACCGUGGAGGGAGGCUGUCAGUCAGGGUUGAGAAGGGACGCGCCCUUUGAGAGCGUGAAGGGGGCAUUUGAAUCUGUUGGAUUUCAACUUGGCUGGACAGCCGUUACUACAACUGGUUUUGAUCCUGGAAUAACAAAGCAGCAAAAGAAGAAUGAGUUCCUCUCCACAGCUCUUCGAGAACUGCAGCGGGACCUCGAAAACAAAGCUAACGAUCUUAGCAAACUCCAAAAAGAUAUAGCGAAGAAUCAUCAAGUCAGGAAGAAAUACACUAUUCAGUUGGGAGAGAACGAGUUAGUCCUCAAGGAGUUGGAUUUAUUAAACGAGGAUGCAAAUGUGUACAAGUUGAUCGGUCCAGUGCUUGUUAAACAAGAUUUAGCAGAGGCUAAUGCCAAUGUUCGUAAGAGAAUCGAAUACAUCUCUGCUGAAUUGAAGCGGCUUGAUGGAUCUCUUCAAGAUUUGGAAGAGAAACAACACAGCAAGAGAGAAGCGAUAUUGAAGGUGCAGCAGAGGAUUCAAUCUCAUCAAGCAGGAAAAGCAAAGGCUUAGCCAUCUUCAUAUGUUUGUCAACACGUCUGUUGGAGUUUUAAUCCAGUAUUCUUGAACCGUAGUUGUAAUACUGGUCGCAAAACUGAUAA